CGCCGAGCUGCCAAGGCCUUCCAAGGUGCUUCACGCCGCUCGAUUGGCCCCAGCAAGGCCCAGGCUGUCUUUGUCACCCGACCACCGACCAGCAACAACAACCUCAUCUGCUCCCUGCGAGGUUGCGUCUCUCUCUCCGCCUGUGAGAUCCGUCGCGCCCAUCCCGGCGUCUUAAACCCAAGAUCAACCCGCCUCCCUUCCAACAUCCCUCUGCGGACACUGCCCUCGCGCUCCAACGUCGACCAAGACUUCGACCAAGACUCACCAUCGGCGUCCCUCCUCUCUGCCAGGGGAUACGGCGCCCCUCACCAGCUUCGCCCGUCGUCCGAGUCCGAGACAUCGUCCUGGACCGACACUGGCGACAUUGGCGACCAGAUCGGCGACGAGCACGACCCGGUCCGCAUCCAGCUGCCGGAAGACAUUGAGAACGAGCUACUCGCCGGAGUCCAGCGCCGACAGCUGAACAACCAGCUUUACAAGUCACACGGCAAAAAGGUCCGGAUUCACGAUCCGUCGCCGCAUCGGCGCAACCACUCCUUCUCGCCGUCUCCCGGCAUCGACAAAGAGGCCAUUGAGCCCCCCGACGCCCGGCCUCGACCACCCAAUCGAGCAGAACGCUGCAUCGGCGCCAUCAUGGCGGGAUCCUCGGGCUCUAUUCAUGGCCUCACAGGCAAGGCCUUGCUGUACUUUACAAGUAUAUUCGUCUCACUAGGCGUUUUCCUUUUCGGAUAUGAUCAGGGUGUCAUGUCGGGCAUCAUCACCGGCCCAUAUUUCAUCGACUACUUUAAUCACCCGUCCAAGGCCGAGGUCGGGACAAUGGUUGCUAUUCUCGAAAUAGGAGCCUUUAUCUCGUCUCUUGUUGUUGGUCGUGUUGGCGACAUCAUCGGCCGGCGACGAACUAUCUUAUAUGGUUCUUGCAUUUUCUUCGUCGGAGGAGCGUUGCAGACGCUCGCCACGUCCAUGUCGAUGAUGAUGGUUGGGCGAAUAGUCGCUGGUCUUGGUGUCGGCAUGCUUUCAACCAUUGUCCCUGUCUACCAGUCCGAGAUUUCUCCGCCUCACAAUCGCGGUAAACUUGCUUGUAUCGAGUUUUCUGGCAAUAUCAUUGGAUACACGACUUCCGUAUGGGUGGACUACGGCUGUGGGUUCAUCGAGAGCAACUUGUCAUGGCGCAUUCCUCUUAUGAUGCAAUGUAUCAUGGGAGCACUUUUAGGGCUGGGAAGCUUGAUCAUUGUGGAAUCACCUAGAUGGCUCCUGGACAAUGAUCAUGAUGAAGAAGGCAUGGUCGUCAUUGCUAACCUUUAUGGCGGCGGCGAUAUUCACAAUGCCAAGGCGCGCGACGAGUAUCGCGAGAUCAAAAUGGACGUCCUUCUUCAGCGCCAAGAGGGUGAGAGAUCGUAUUCUGACAUGUUCCGCCGAUAUCGCACUCGAGUGUUCAUCGCAAUGUCUGCGCAGGGUCUUGCGCAGCUCAACGGAAUCAACGUCAUUUCAUACUACGCUCCAUACGUCUUUGAAUCUGCUGGUUGGGUUGGCCACGAUGCCGUUCUCAUGACUGGCUUCAACGGCAUCACGUACUUCCUCUCUACCAUUCCGCCCUGGUAUCUUGUAGAUCGAUGGGGUCGACGAAUGAUUCUUCUCACUGGUGCCGUCCUCAUGGCCAUCUCACUGUCUCUCAUCUCGUACUUCCUCUAUCUUGAUAUCAAAUGGACUCCUAGGCUGGUCGUUCUGUUUGUCAUGAUAUACAAUGCUGCCUUUGGCUACUCAUGGGGACCUAUCCCCUGGCUCUACCCCCCCGAAAUCCUGCCUCUUAGCAUUCGCUCCAAGGGUGCCAGCUUGUCGACUGCCACGAACUGGGCCUUCAACUGGCUCGUUGGAGAAAUGACACCAAUUCUGCAAGAGUGGAUCAAAUGGCGCUUGUAUCUCGUCCAUGCCUUCUUUUGUGUUGCUAGUUUUAUCAUUGUCUACUUUGUCUACCCAGAGACCUGCGGUGUCCGCCUCGAAGAAAUGGACUCGCUAUUCGGAGACGCCAGCACUGUGGCUACCCCGUCUAUCCAUGCAGAAACUGGCUCACUCAUCCGAGGCGGAUCGCCCAUUGGAUCCAGCCGUACGCCAUUUCGCUCAACUACACCCAUCCCAGGGCUCACCCUUGACCCUCCCGAUGGCAAUGACAGCAAACCUAGCCAGGGUGGUGGCGGCGACGACCGGAGCAUUAGUGGAUGGUUAUCAAGAGUCGUUAACCGCGGCCGUUCGGGCAGUUCGAGUAGCGGUCAAGGGCGGUACGCUCCAAUUGGCCAAGAAGACGAGGGUCGCAACGACAACUAA